AUGGUGUUUGUAAAUCCUCAGUCCUGCUAUGUUGAGCAAAUGAUGGACAGCAACGCAAUCACUUACUACAACAUGGGCUGUGAAAAGAGACUUAUUUGUGACGUGCUGGGGAACGGAGAGCUAGUUGGGAAGAGAAAUGUCCGUUCAGAACCAGACAAGCACCCCGUGACGCGUGACGUCACACUGUGCAACAAAUGCUGCCUAACGGAUAACUGCAACAGCGAACUCUGUGUCGACAGGGAGACGUCCCCGACUGUGGGUAUCCCCGCAAGCGCUGACAUCUACGUUCGUUUGAUUGGUGGAACCAACGCUUUCGAGGGCACUGUGGAAGUAUUUUACAACAACCAGUGGGGUACAAUCUGUGAUGACAAAUGGUCUGGAAAUGAUGCAAAGGUCGUGUGCAAGAUGUUGGGCUACAAAGGGGAUGGCGCAGGAGGUCUCACGGGCGGCGCCUUCCGACCCGGAUUGGGCUCCAGGAUCUGGCUAGAGAACGUGAACUGUACAGGAGAUGAGGCCAGCCUGAUAGACUGUCCACACGGCCAGUGGGGUAUACAUGACUGUGACCACGGGGAGGACGCAGGGGUCAUGUGUCCGGCGGUAACCCCUGAGGAUGAUGUCAUCUUCCUCCUGGACACGGGGCUGGGCGGCAUGAUCUUCCGCAUGGACCUGCGUAGUCAGUCCUUCACACCCAUCCCGAUCAACCGACUUUACUCACCUUCGUCUUUUGACUACGACCCAAGCAUGGGUCGAAUCUACUUUGUGGAUCCACGCCUUUUCCAAAUUGUCACCGUCAAUUUUGAUGGAACUGACGCCAAAAAUAUCCAUCAGUUGACUUCGAGCGCAAUUCUGGAGAAGGUCGAGGUUGACCCACUCAAUCGUCUGCUCUUCUACACGGACGCUGGAAAUGACGUGAUCGCCAUGAUGAACCUUGACGGCUCCGGCUAUAAGGAGGUCAUCACCUCAGGCCUUGACCAGCCUAGAGAGAUCGUACUGGACCCAACUACCAAAACAAUGUAUUGGAGCGACUGGGGAGCGAACCCUAAGAUCGAGUCUGCCAGUUAUGACGGCUCCAACAGGAAGACCUUGACAGACACAGGCAUCCAAUGGCCGAAUGGGCUGGCCAUAGAUUAUGAUGCGAAAAAACUGUACUUUGUGGACGGAGGAACCGGGACCAUUGAGACCAUGACCCUGCAAGGCGGAAGUCGCCGAGAAAUUCUCAAGGACGUUGGUUCACAUUUUUUCGCCAUCGACGUUUUUGACGAUUACCUCUACUACACUGACUGGAAUCACAACACUUUAAUGAGAGUGAACAAGGACGGUACGGGGAAGACAACUGUUGGCCCUCCCAGUUUCCGGGAGCUGGCAGACGUGAAAGUUCACAAAUAUGGCUAUGACUUACCAGGUGUAACCACCCCUUCACCGGUACACUUUGACCCUAGUCAUAUCUUUGUACGACUGGCUGGCAAAGGCUAUGCUAACGAGGGUCGGGUGGAGGUCUACGCUAACGGCCAGUGGGGGUCAGUAUGCGAUGACCAUUGGGACGAUAACGAUGCAAACGUUGUAUGUGGAAUGCUUGGAUUUGACCGCUAUAACGCUAUCGCAACCAACGAGUCCGCCCAGGGCGGGGCCGGAGGCCUGAUCUCCCUUGACGAAGUCCACUGCCAGGGCACAGAGUCCCACAUAGCAGAGUGCGGCCUCACGCCCGACAACUGGGCCAUUCAUGAUUGUGGCCACGACGAGGACGCGGGAGUUGUCUGCUCUACAGGUACGUACGUACACGUCUCUAAGACUACGGGAACUACCUCUGGCGCCAAUGAGGAUUUCCUGUUAUUCUCCGAUGCCUACACAGGCUUGCUUGUACGGAUGGAUCUCAAUAGUUACAGUUUCACCGCCAUUUCCCAGCCAUACACAGCCAAUCUGGUGGCAGUGUCGUUUGACUCCACUGACCAAAACAUAUACUUCUCCGAGGUCUACCCUAACCCUGCCUCUGUCAUCAAAAAGUCCGACGUUCUUGGGAAGAACAUUCAACUCUUGGGAAGCCCAAUGAACGGAAGCAUCGUGGACGGCAUGGCCAUCGACCACGUCCAGAACCUGAUGAUCUACUCGGACGCCGGCAAGAAGGCCAUUGUGAGCAUAUCCCUGGGCGGGGGCGCCCCCAAGACCAUCGUCACUGGGGUUGACCAGCCCAGGGCUAUUGCGCUGGACACCAACAAUCGAAUGGUUUACUGGACUGACUGGGGCACAUCGCCGAAGAUCGAGAGAGCCAUGUACGAUGGUUCUCAGAGAACGGUACUGGCUUCACAACGCCUCAAGUUUCCUAAUGGGCUUGCUCUUGACAACAAAGAAAGCACACAGUGGCACCACCUAGACACCCUGAAGAUGUCUCUGAAGGACUUUAACAUGGAAGGGUUUAUACGCUUCUGA